CCAACCGGGUUUGAACCUGCCUUUUUUAUCCGCCCCUUCCCCUCCCCGCAGCGCUUGUGCGAUCAGAUCGAUCUAAGAUGGCGACUGUGGAACCGGAAACCACUCCCAAUCCUCAGCCUUCAGAAGAGGAGAAAACUGAGCCAGCACCUAGUCAGGAGGUUGCCAGCCCUGAACAGUAUAUUAAGCAUCCACUACAAAACAGAUGGGCACUCUGGUUUUUUAAAAAUGACAAGAGCAAAACUUGGCAAGCAAAUCUUCGUCUGAUCUCAAAGUUUGAUACUGUUGAAGAUUUUUGGGCUUUAUACAACCAUAUCCAGCUCUCUAGUAAUUUAAUGCCUGGUUGUGACUACUCGCUCUUUAAGGAUGGAAUUGAACCAAUGUGGGAAGAUGAAAAAAAUAAGCGAGGAGGACGGUGGCUAAUCACACUAAACAAACAGCAGAGACGAAGUGACCUUGAUCGCUUCUGGCUAGAGACACUGCUGUGCCUUAUUGGGGAGUCGUUUGAUGACUACAGUGAUGAUGUAUGUGGUGCUGUUGUUAACGUUAGAACUAAGGGUGAUAAAAUAGCAAUAUGGACAACUGAAUGUGAAAACAGGGAUGCUGUUACGCAUAUAGGGAGAGUAUACAAGGAAAGAUUAGGACUUCCUCCAAAGAUAGUGAUUGGUUAUCAGUCCCAUGCAGACACAGCUACUAAGAGCGGCUCCACCACUAAAAAUAGGUUUGUUGUUUAAGAAGACACCUUCUGAGUAUUCUUUCAUAGGAGACUGCGUCAAGCAAUCGAGAUUUGGGAGCUGAACCAAAGCCUCUUCAAAAGCAGAGUGGACUACAUUUAAAUUUGAUUUCCAUCUAAAUGUUGCUAAGAUUUGUGAGAAGUCUCAUUUGCCUUUGUCUUGUACUUCUGUGUUCAAUUUUUUCUAUUUUGGCUGAAGUAACCAUUACCAAUCAGAAUGUCAGUACACUUCACCUCCCCCCAUCCCUAAAUCCAUAAAAGAUUUCCUGGCCCACUCUGUAAUAGCUUGGUAGAAACAUUACUCUUACAAAAAAAAAAAAAAAAACCAUUCGUUUAUCCACAGUAUUCAGAAAAAGUUGCAUUUCUGUACCUGCAGGAAAUUAUUCUGUUUUAUAUUUGCAUUGUAUGCAGUAACAUUUUGCUGGUUUGGAAAGAGUAUGGUGCAUACAGUUUUCUAGCAAUUUUUUUAUACAGCAUCAUCUUUGCUGUAACCUAUGCUGAUGGCUGCUAGAUUAAUUUAUUUGUUUUCCCUAUUUGAUAACAUUAGUGAUAUUUUGAUUUCAGUUGUUUUUGCUCAUGUAACAUUGGUGAAGAAUCUGGGAAUAUGACAAAGGUGGAAUAAACAUUAAUUUUGUGCAUUCUUUGGUAAGCUUUUGGUUUUUUUGUAACAUCAAAGCUUUGCUACAAAUUUAUGCAUUUCAGUCAAAUCAGUGAUCUGUUUGUGAUUUCCUAAACAUAAUUGUGGAUUUUUUUAAUGUAACACCAUAAUUUACAUUCCUUACUAGAAAUAGUAUGUCUGUUUUUGUAUCUUAUGCUGUAUUUUAACACUUUGUAUUACUUAGGUUAUUUUGCUUUGGUUAAAAUGGCUCAAGUAGAAAAGCGGUCCCAUUCAUAUUAAGACAGUGUACAAAACUGUAAAUAAAAUGUGUACAGUGAAUUGUCUUUUAGACAACUAGAUUUGUCCUUUUAUUUCUCCAUCUGUACAGCAAGUAUUUGUACUUGUGACAAGGCAGUCUCUACUGUGGCUUCUAUUGUAGUGUGUUUUCUAAGAAGAUCAAGUCUGGAGCUAUAGUUUUAGUAAAACUUUUAAUAAAUCUUUUAGUUAGCACCCUUCAUCAAAGUGAAAUUAUGUUGAUGUGGCUACUGUUUUUUCUUAGUGGCUGGUGCAACUGAUUAUGCUUUGUGCUUUUUUUUCUUGACUUUAGUGAACACCAACUGAGAAGUUCAAAGGUACAUAGAAAGCUCUCUGGUUUCAGGUGGGAACUACAGUAAAAGCUCUGAAGUACUUUAAAUAUACACUUGCUAUAUGAAUUACAAGUAAAGUGCAUUAGAGACAGCUAUAAAAUGAAAGGAUGUCAAGAACUAAGUGGUCUGUUAUUAGGUGCAUCUUGUAAGAAAAUGAAACUUUUUUUAUUGGCUUGAAAAUUAUGGCAUUGUGGAUUAGCUUGGCUUGCUGGUUUGGGAAAAAAUUUGAGGAGGUCUAGUGAGUUUAACUUUUUGGUUUGAGUGCAGCAUAAGAUUUUUUUUUCAUUAUGCUCUAAAAGUAGAACAUAAGGCAAAUCAAUAAUGUAUUGUUAAUUUCUUGAUCUUUUGUGUAUGAGAUCCUUUAAGGUCUUGCCAGGGCUGUUUAGCCUUCAGUCAAACUUUAAGGCAGAUGUUCACUGUGUUUUUUGAUCUUUUAAGUGGUAACCCCUUAAAGGAAGUUUAGUCUCAGGUAAUACAGCCUCAGUUGAAUCAGGCUUUUAUAAUCUGACUGACUGAGGUGCUUACGUGUUUCUGUGUGCAGAGAUGGACUUAUACUUUUGUGUACAUUUUGUGUACAUUACACCAAAAUGGUAUUACAUUGUUCUGGAUCCUUUGUCCAUUUAAAUGAAGCCUUUGAAGGCAUCUGAUGACACUGUUUCAGUGUUGGUUGUUAACUAGGAUUAGUUGGAGGUGGAGAGAACUAUGAGGCUGUUUGUAUUCUGGUUUCUGUCGAUUGUGGUGUAAUUGGCUGCCUGUCCUAAUUCUGUAGUGUGCAAAUCAAGUCUGGUUUUCUUUAAUAGGACUGUCUGUAGUAGACUGUAUUUAUCUCUGCCAUUUGCCAACUUAACUGCUUGAAAUAGUUCUUUUCAAUUGAAGUAAGCUUCUCAAACUAAAUUUCUCUGAACUACUUCAGUAUCAUCAGUCUCAAGUUGAGCAAUGUUUAUAAUGGCUUUGCCAAUUCCUAAUAAACUGUGUGUAUAUAUAGGAUACAUAUGCAUAUCUCCUAAAUUGGUAAUAUCUAUACUUAUGAAAAAGUAAAGAUAAAUUAAUCUCCUGAGUGGUAAGACAAGAUUGUCUAGGUAUAUGUAACUUGGGAGCACUGGAGCAAGGCUCACUAAAAAUCAGCAUAGUAAAGUUGAAAAGUGUGUGUAAUGCUGGCCUUAUAAAGAGCUUUGAGAUUAAAUUGAGUGCUGUUGGGAGAAGUAGGUAGUAUUGCUUUUGUAUUUAAUUUCAGUGAAAGACUGAACAGAGCAUCAUUCAGGGUAGCAGCAGAUGGUUUGCUAGAAGAGUUGGUGUUGGUCUCUUAUCUUGAGCCUGAACUAACUUAAGCAGACCAAGUAACUUGUGACUGACUUGCACUGUAAUGUGAAAAUUUCCAGUAGGUUGAUUUGUGGCUCUUCGCUGCUCAGAUAAAUGUUGGUUCUGGGAGAGUUGAGUGAAAAUUUAAUUACAUACUUGUUAUAUCAAAUACCUCACCUGUGCCUUGAAUUCAUUGCUCAAAGAAACAACUGACCAUGAGUUUAUCUUCAACUUGUGAAUCACUUGAGGCAGCAUACUCCAUGUUGUCCUGAUUAUAAUGGUGUAGUUUUUGUUCUUAGUGUGGAAGGAAGCUAAGAGCUUUCCAUUCUGCAUAUUAAUAAAAUGGCCACAGGAUUGUAAGAAGGAAAACAGUGGAACAUAUUAAAUUUAAUUCUCUAGUUGUAAUUACAUAUAGUUAAUACAUGUAACUAAGCUUCCAGCCAGGGGGAUGUAGCCAUUGUCAAAGUGGUGAUGGUAUUUUAGUAAGCCUAAGAUGACUAAAGAAUAAUGGUUUGAAGCUUCUGUUCUGGAGUGUUCUUAAAUGGAACAAAGCCUGUGUGGGAAGAAGACAAAGCAGAAACUGAUGCUGUGCUCAGAGGUGUAAGAAUGUGUCAAAACACAGCCUGUGAAGAAGGGGAGAAAGACAAGGAAGUAUUGGUUAACAAAUUUGGGGUGUACUCUAAGUCUGUGCAGUGCUUUCUGAUUGUCCCUUUUUAUUUGUCCUGCUGCAUUGUCACUGUCUGUGUUUCAGGCUGUUUCUAGUUCAGGAAACUAAUUUUUUUGAGUUACCCAAAUUCUGGGAACUUGGAAGAGUAGUUUGUAGCAAAGCUUGGACUGAAUUCAGAACUUCCAUCCUACUUAAUGGAAUCUUUCCUACAGAAAUGCUUGAAAAAAUAUUCUGGACUUAAUUUCAGCCUUACUAAAAGCAAAGAAAGCAUUGCAUUUCAAUGUAGUAAAGUGGCAUGGAUCAUCUUAGUAGUGUUAAGAUCUCCGAUGUAAACUCCCUUGUUUCUGAGGACCUCUAUUUUUAAGGCUGGGUCUGAUGCUUGUAAACUUAGAUUUUAAAGAAUGUUCUGUGCAGAAGUACUGAACUAAAUGGCUGGCCUCAGCCAAACACAUAGCUUUCUGACCAUCUAGCUCUGUGGUUUUACAUGAAUUCCUGUCAGUUCAUUUCUCUCAAAUAAUCAAUUCUACAGUUUUUUGACUAGGUUUUAAUUGAGUCUUACAAUAAAGCUCCUCUACAGAAUUUGUGCCUUUCCAUAUUGGCCAAGAUGUCCUGUUUGGAAACACUGUUGCAACAGUUUACUUUAGUAGUUUUAUUUUAGAUUAAUUCUAUUUUCUGCAUGUAUGUGAGCUCUCUUCCUCUCCUUUUCCCUGCUACCUGCUAAGAAAUGGAUAAAGCAAAUAAAAAGGACAUCAAAAGCAGGAGUUCAUACCUGACCAUUUCAAGGCAUUUCCUACCUGUCUAUCCAGACUAGAAGGAUGAGAGUGCAGAGCAUCUGAGCAAGCAGCUCAGUGGAGCCAGCUCCAGAGUCUUAGCUAUGCAGUGCACCUGGUACACCUCUGCUAUUACUUCAAAGCUCCUGAAGCUUAUGAAUUUUGAAGCCUUUUCUUUUUGUUCUUGAAGGAACAUUUGCCAGUAUAGCUGCUUGAAUAGUAUUAUUGCCCUCUAGCUCAGAAGGAGCUUGUGUUCUACUGGAACUUGUCUGGCUCUGGCACUGCAGCAAAGCCUGUAAUAAGCACUUAGAUUCUUUCUUAUACAGUAAAACUCAUGGUUACUGCUCUUGCCUGGUGGCUCUCUGGCACUUUUCCAAAAGACUGUGGGAUGCCCUGCUGGCCUUUGGAUUUGAAAUAAAGCAGAUCCUCGUCUCCAGAGCAAUAUGUGAGUUGUGGCUGAGCACAUGACAAUUGUUAUGCUCCUUAGCAUUAGCCUGUGUGAUGCCAUAAAUAUAAGAACAUCUUAGCUGAAGUCUGUCUGUAUCUAUUGCCUACUAAACAAAGUUGUUUUUUCAUUGCCUGCUAGUGCUGGGCCUGUGAUAAACUGAACCAAGAAUUUGUGCGGUUUAUGACUUCCUGACCUUCACUUUCUAAAUUCUGAUCUCUUCCAAGCUCUAUUUUUUUUAAUAAAAAGGGGAGAAAUUAUAUGGUCUAGUCACUGCUUUUUUGGUCACUGGUACUGUGUGGAAUUACAAGUGUUGCUAAUGUCAGAGACUGAGGGACUGUCAGUAUUUUAUCUAUAGCCAUAUAAGUAUGAUGAUGUGGAAAAUUGUGCUUGAAUGUGUUUAUAUAUAUAUAUCAUAAAGCAAAAGGACUCUUUUCAAGGUAGAAAAUAAAACUGAUUUUAUUUCUAAAAUAUUUCUUUGCAUGAACAACACUAAUGGAUUUUGGGAUUUUGCUUACACUAGGGAGUUUAGGUCAGUCUUUUUUCCUUAUGUUAAAAACAUGUUUAACAUAAAAUCAUUAAAUGUUAUCAAUGAGUUGGAGCUAACCUCGUAAGUGAGCUUUGGCACUCUUUGAAUGAGCAAGUUUUUUGAUGAAGCCUUAUCUUCCUUUGUAUAUAUGGGGUAGUUAUCUUAGUGCAUCUUACCCUGAGCCAUGCAAAUAUGCGGAGAAUAUAGGAAAUUCAAAGGUACUACUUUGUAGCUUGAUUGGAAAUAAAGCUUCUGAGAAUUUGAA